AUGGAUAGCAGACGUGUUUUGGAUCCUCAUACCAAACGAACACACAAACCGGAAUUACCGGUGCAUGCAUCGCUUAUGGGAUCAACGCGGGGAGGCAAGGCUGACACUGGAGUUGAAUUGCCGUACGACUUCUCGUACAUGUACCGGCACAGUGAGUCUUCCUGGUAUCAAAUGGCGAAAUCAGGUGGUAGCAUGGACGACGAUAUUUCGCCUCCACCGACAUUCCGAGAGAGUUUUACCCCGACCAAGAAGGGAAAAAAGAAAUUCCCAGCAUUAUCUAAACCAAAACCGAGACCACCUCAGACUGGGCAAGAUAAAGAUUUAAAUGCAAAGCAAAUGAACAGGCGAAAGGGAAGCAACCCACUUUUUGUGUUGGAUGAUGUCAGGAAAUUACGCACCAACUCUCUUCGAACUGACGACAAUGUUGAUUCUGAACCGGGAGAAAUCUUCGAUGAUGAACCCAGGUUUAAAAGCGAAGGGUACAGGCCAAGACCUGUAUUCAACAAAGCACCAAUACCACGCAAAUCUUCAGAGGGUCUAGGAACGAAGAAAGCAAGCUACAUGGGAAAAGAAUUUGAUGAUUCAAAUUCAUCAAAAUAUCUCUUCGAGAACUCUAAGAAGCCAUUAAAACAAAAGUGGACACAGUCACCACCAGCACCUGUUAAACCACCACCUGGCAACUUACCAGCUGCGACUCCACCAGGACCACCACCACCUGCAGCACAUCUAGCGACCCCACCACCACCACCACCACCACCACCACCUCCACUGACCGUACCUUCGUUUCAUCGGACGAAUUUACCUCCAAAGGCGUUACUUGACGAAAUUCGCCAUCAUUCUAAAGGUUCUCCAGUCGGGGAGACCGGACCUUUAAAUGGCUUUGAGAAGUGA